UAUAAUUUCAGGAAGGAUUAAUUCACUCGCUCUUUAUUUAUUUAUUUACUAUUUGGCUUUUAUUUUGAUGAGAAACCAAAACUUACUGCUGUUCUGUGCAAGAGCAACAACGUUUGAUCGGAGACAUAAAAAAGCCGCACCGCUGUUCAAAUUCUCCCUCCCACUACACACGCUCUCCGACACUAACCAUGGCAGCAACGCCAAUAUCUACUACUACAACAGAACCAUCGAUUACUUAACGAAACACGGGUCCUUAGACUCUGCAGUCAAACUGUUCGACGAAAUGACCAACAGAGAUGCCAUCACCUGGAACAUUAUGAUUUCGGGGUAUUACCGCCGAGGGUUUCCAAAACAUUCUUUAAGUUUGUACAGCGAAAUGGUUUCUCAUGGGAUUUCUGAGAAUCCAUCAACUUUUUCAACUGUUUUGAGCAUGUGCAGCUGUGCGAGGUUCUUUGAACAAGGGCUUGUGGUUCAUUGCAGAGCAGUUGUUCUUGGUCUUAGUACGAAUACGUAUAUUUGCUCCACCGUAAUUGAUCUUUAUAUGCGAAUGGGCCUCGUUGAUAUUGCUUUAAGAUUGCUCAGUACAUUGCAAGAUAGGAAUUUGGCUACUUGGAAUCUUGUUUUUCGUGGUUUAUGUGAAAUGGGGCGAUCGAACGAGAUGUUGUGUGUGUAUAACUACAUGAAAUCGGAUGAUUUGGAACCAAACGGGCUUACCUUUUGCUAUUUGAUUCGGGGUUGUGGUUAUGAGAGGUUUAUUGACCAAGGAAUGCAGCUGCAUGGCUGUGUAAUCAAGAAAGGACUAGUCAACUCAAAUUUGUUUGUAGCUAAUGCUUUAGUUGACUUUUACUCCGCUUGUGGGAUUUUUACAGAUACUAGAAAAUCGUUCGAGGUUAUCCCAACCGAAGAUGUUAUUUCGUGGAAUUCCAUGGUUUCCGUUUGUGCAGCCAAUGGUUAUUCAUUCGAAGCUCUUGAAUUCUAUCAUAGGAUGCAUUUUUGGGAUAAGAAGCCAUCAGCUUGUUCUUUUCUGGCAUUCUUGAAACUAUCUAGUGCAACGAAAGACGUCUCGUUUGGGAAGCAAAUUCAUUGCUGUGUUUUGAAAUUAUGUCUUCAGUCUGUCCUCAUUCAAUCCGCUUUGAUCGACAUGUACGGAAAAUGUGGAGAUAUUGAGAGCUCAGUCGGUGUAUUCAACGGUGUUUCUCAAAGAACCCUUGAGUGUUGUAACUCUCUCAUGACAUCUUUACUAAGGUUUGGUCUCACAGAGGAUGUAAUAGAUCUGUUUGGUCUUAUGGUUGACGAAAAAAUCGGAUAUGACGAAGUUAGUCUUUCUUCGACUUUGAAAGCUAUAUCAUUCCCUCUUUCAUGUAGCUGCCCUUUGCUUCAUUCCUGCACUAUAAAAUCAGGUUUUGAAUCCGAUAACGCAGUUGCUUGUUCUUUAAUAGACGCAUACUCUAAAUCAGGAGAAAUCGAAUUUUCCCGCCAAAUAUUCAACGAACUUCCCUCCCCAAAUGUGUUCUGUUUCACAUCGAUAAUUAGUGCACUUGCUCGAAACGGGAUGGGAAACGAAUGUCUUGAAAUGUUAAAUGGAAUGUUCCGGAAUGGUCGAGAACCUGAUAGAGUGACGUUCUUGAGUGUAUUGAUGGGUUGCAAUCAUUCGGGCCUUGUAGAAGAGGCAAGAUUGCUUUUUCAUUCGAUGCAAACUCGUUUUGGUGUGUAUCCAGAUAGGCAGCAUUAUUCGUGCAUGGUUGACCUUUUGGGGCGUGCGGGUUUACUAGAAGAAGCGGAAGAGUUAGUCAAAGAUACUCCAUGGGAGGGCGAUUCGGUAAUUUGGAGCUCAGUGUUGAGGAGUUGUAGGGUCCACCAAAACGAGCAAGUGGGGAAAAGAGCUGCGGAGAUUUUGAUGGGGCUUGAGACGGACAAUCCUUCUGGUUUAUUACAGGCUUCGAAUUUUUACUCGGAUAUCGGAGAUUUUGAGAGGAUGAAAUAUUGUAGAGAAAUUGGUGCUGCGAGAAGGAUAAGAAGGGAAAUAGGUCAGAGUUCGAUUGAAGUGCACGGUUCACUAUGAAAGACGAUGCUAAGCUCUGAGGAGAAGGAAAACAUUAAACAGAAGUUCGUUAGGCAAUUAAUGGCUGUGAUGCAGAGGUACCGCAUGGGGCGGAACAUAAAUCAACGUCUCAGGUUAGUGCAUUCUUAUCAUUCUAUUGCAUCUGACCAUUCAUCUGAGCAUCACUUGUCAUAUUUCAAUUUUAAUAUACAUAUAUUAGGUCUUGACAUCUUCUCGUAGAUGUUACAUCGGGUGAAAUUCACCGUAGGUAAAUUCCAAAUCACUGAACUCUCGCGUUUGACCUUUCCACACGAACCGUUAUAAUAAAUUCUAAACAUUUCAUCUAACAUGAAAUCGUUUGAACUCGAUUCCCUACAAAUUCUUCCCACCCGAAUUCAAUUCGACACAAUGCAAUUAUAUAUACAUAUAUA